AUGGCUGUGGAACUCUGUUUGCUGUUGCUGCUGUUUUGUGGAAGUACUAUUUCAGAGGUACAGCCCAUAUACAAACCACCUCCUGGGACUUUGGAUUUUGGAUUUGUACCGACCAAGAUGUAUGAUACAGGUGCAUACCAUGAACCUGGGCCAAUAGGAAUUUUGUUUAAAAUAGUACAUGCAUUCCUGUACUUAGUGCAGCCAAAUUCUUUUCCUCAAGAUCUCAUCAGAAAACUAGCACAGCAGAAGUUUGGAAAUACACAGGGUGAUUAUCAAAAGGUCAUCUACUAUGAAAUCGGGUUUAUAGUCUCUGCAGCCUUGGGAGUGCUGUUUAUUUUGUUAAUGCCUCUCGUGGGACUUUGCUUCUCUAUGUGUCGUUGCUGUGACAACUGUGGUGGGGAAAUGCAUCAAAGACAGAAGAAAAAUGCUGACUGUCAGAGGAGCUGUUUUGCAACAUUUCUCUUUGUUGCUUCUUUAAUAAUAAGUGUUGGAGUGCUCUGUGCAUAUGCUGCCAACCAGCAUUUAACUAAUCAAGUCCGAGGAGCAAAGAAAUUGGUUAACAGUAAUUUCAAAGAUCUGAAAAUUUUCCUUAACGACACUCCAGUGCAAAUUGAUUAUUUGGUGAGCCAGUACAACACAACUAAGGAUAAAGCACUCUCUGACCUAAAUAAUGUUGGACCUUUGCUUGGAAUUAGAGUUCAGGAACAGCUGGGGAAAGAAGUACGUCCUGCACUUGAUGCAGCUCUGACAAUGGCAGGAGCCAUCAGAGAAACAAAGGAAGCACUCGAGAAUGUGAGUGUCUCUGUAGAGGUUUUGCAGGAGGGAACAGAGAGGCUUCAUGCAAACUUGUCAGAUGUUAAGAUGCAUCUAAACAACACCCUCAGUGAUGCUGCGUGCUCUGCAGCUCAGGCUGCCUCAACUUGCGAUAUCAUCAGAAAUUCCUUGAAUCAACUGAACAUCAAUGCCAAUUUUAGUGGGCUGCCAGGAGUGAGUUCACAGCUUGCCAAGAUCAAUGAUGUCCUUAAAACAGACCUUUCCAGUCUGGUUCAAAAGGGUUAUGCAGCAUUUAAUGAUACUCCAGACUUGGUGGUAAAUCAAACCAGAAACAUUUUAUCAGAUAUCAAAAAUGUGCUGGAAUCCAUUGGUUCAAACAUCAGUACGUUCACAAAAGCGCUCCCUGUUCAGGAGGUUUUAGCAGAUCUGACAGUGCAUCUUACACAGAGUGAAGCGUACGUUCAAAAUUAUUUUCCACUAGUGGAGCAGUAUGAUUUCUACAGGUGGCUGGGUUGUCUCAUUCUGUGCUGCAUGGUGGUCCUCAUUCUGGUCUUUUAUUAUCUUGGAUUGCUAUGUGGCACCUGUGGUUAUGAUAAACAUGCUUCUCCAACAACCAGAGGCUGCAUCUCCAACACUGGGGGAAACUUUCUAAUGGCUGGUGUUGGAUUCAGUUUCCUCUUUUCCUGGAUCUUGAUGAUUGUAGUGGUGCUCACUUUCAUCACUGGUGGAAAUGUACAAAAACUUAUCUGUGAGCCCUUUGAAGAUAAAACUUUAUUCAAGGUUUUGGAUACUCCCUACUUACUAAAUCAACACUGGAGAAACUAUCUCUCUGGCAUCCUGUUUAAAAAUCCCAAUAUUAACUUGACUUUUGAAAAAGUAUACAGUGAUUGCAAGGAAAACAAAGGAAUUUAUACUUCCCUUCAUCUAGAACACUUAUUCAAUAUCAAUGAAUUUUUAAAUAUUAGUAUGUAUACAGAAGAUGUAGCACUUAAAAUUGAACAUAUUCAGAUAAACCUCAGCAAAAUCAUUCUGCUGGAUGAAAUGGGGAAGGAGAAUCUCCUGAAUUUCAGCUCUUCAGGAAUAGAAGGGUUGAACUUUGCAGCAUAUUUGACAGAGAUCAAUAAAAGCGUUACCAAGGUUGAUCUUCUGUCAUUUGCUAAUGACUUGGAAGCAAGAGCAGACCAGCUGCCAAAAGGAGCACUGGAAAAUGCCUUAAAAGGACAUGCAAACAACAUUCGAAUGAUCCACAACCAGCAAGUCGUUCCCCUAGAGCAAGCUAUGAGCACUUUAAAUCAGAGCAUUAGGUUACUGAAGCGGACAUCAUCUGAACUGAUAGUUAAGGUGAAAAAUGUCAUUAGUGCUGUUAAUGCUGCCCAGCUUCUCAUAAAUAACAAUGCUUCUCUAGUUAUUGUCCAGGAGACAAAAAAGUACAUGGAUACCAUAGUUGGCUACUUCGAACAGUAUGUUGAAUGGGUCAAGGAGUCGAUUGCCAUGGAGGUAGCAGCAUGCAAGCCUAUUGCCAAUGUGAUAGAUACAGCAGUAGAUAUUUUUUUAUGCAGCUAUAUAACUGAUUCUGUGAAUACCUUCUGGUUUGGUUUGGGAGGCUCUUCAAUAUUUUUAAUUCCUGCCAUAAUUUUUGCUGUAAAACUCUCCAAAUACUACCGUAGAAUGGAUACAGAGGAUGUGUAUGAUGAUACAGAAAAUGGUAAUAAUGGUUAUCAUAAAGAUAAUUUCUAUGGUGUACACAGUGCUGUUUUUACAAGCUCUGUGGAACAGUGGUAA